GUCGUUCACCGAAUCCCAUUCAUCUUCCCGCAUUGGCGUCUGAAUAAAUCUUGGGAUUUAUUUAAGUGUUGCUGUUUCCAUAUCGCUCAGAUCGUUUCCUUUCCCUCUUUUGGAUUCCAUUCUUCGCUCGAUUACUCUCCUGGAAGGCAGGUUCUUUGUUCACUUUAUGCUUCACAAGCGAGCAGGUGAAGCAUCUGUUGUAAAGGAGAACAGCGACAAUAUCAACAGUUCUUCGGCAUCUUCAUCGCCGCCGAUCAAGAGACGCCGGAUCGAAAUCUCCGAAUCCACGGCCAAGAAAUCUCCGAAUACAAGCUCCGACUCCAACAGCGGUAACGUCGAGCCGCGGCUCAACAUGGCUUUCGGUAACUCGAACCGUCAGGAGAUCGAUGAGGAUCUCCACAGCCGGCAGCUCGCGGUGUACGGCCGUGAGACCAUGAGGCGGAUUUUCGUUUCCAACGUUCUCGUCUCCGGGAUGCAGGGUCUUGGUGCUGAGAUAGCCAAGAAUCUUAUUCUUGCUGGUGUGAAGUCUGUGACCCUGCACGACGAAGGCGUUGUUGAACUAUGGGACUUGUCUAGUAACUUUGUUUUUUCGGAAGAUGAUGUUGGUAAGAAUAGGGCGGUUGCGUCUGUUCAGAAGUUGCAAGAACUAAACAAUGCCGUGGUUGUCUCUACCUUGACGACGAGCUUAAUCAAAGAGAACCUUUCUGAUUUCCAGGCGGUUGUUUUUACUGAUAUCAGCUUUGAGAAAGCCAUUGAAUUUGAUGAUUACUGCCACAGUCAUCAGCCUCCUAUCGCCUUCAUCAAGGCUGAUGUUAGGGGGCUUUUUGGUUCUGUGUUCUGUGAUUUUGGGCCCGAGUUUACAGUUCUUGAUGUUGAUGGAAAGGAACCCCACACAGGCAUUGUUGCCUCCAUCACCAAUGAGAAUCCCGCAUUUGUUUCGUGUGUUGAUGACGAGAGACUUGAAUUUCAAGACGGGGAUUUAGUUAAUUUCUCUGAAGUUGAGGGAAUGACAGAAUUGAAUGAUGGGAAGCCUAGGAAGGUAAAAACUGCGAGGCCAUAUGCAUUUAUCCUUGACGAGGACACUACAGGCUAUGGUACAUACGUGAAGGGUGGUAUUGUCACUCAGGUGAAACAGCCUAAGGCGCUGCACUUUAAGCCACUGAGAGAAGCCCUGAGAGAUCCCGGAGAAUUUCUUCUUAGUGAUUUCUCAAAGUUUGACCGGCCUCCCCUCCUCCACUUAGCAUUCCAGGCACUUGAUAGAUUUUUGUCUGAAACUGGCCGAUUCCCUGUUGCUGGUUCAGAAGAGGAUGCUCAAAAGUUGAUUUCUAUUACGGCUGACAUCAAUGAUGAACUAGGUGAUGCCAGGUUGGAAGAUAUUAACCCUAAACUCCUACGACACUUUACCUUCGGAGCCAAGGCUGUGCUGAAUCCUAUGGCUGCGAUGUUUGGCGGCAUUGUUGGUCAGGAGGUUGUUAAAGCUUGCUCUGGGAAGUUUCAUCCUCUACAUCAGUUCUUCUACUUUGAUUCCCUGGAGUCACUCCCUACUGGACCUCUGGAUUCAAAUGAUUUUAAACCACGAAACAGCCGAUAUGAUGCUCAAAUAUCUGUAUUCGGUGCUAAGCUCCAACAGAAAUUUGAGGAUGCGAAAGUCUUCAUAGUAGGGUCUGGUGCUCUCGGUUGCGAGUUCUUGAAAAAUAUGGCUCUGAUGGGGGUUUCAUGUGGAAGCCAAGGGAAACUAACAGUAACAGAUGAUGAUGUGAUCGAGAAGAGUAACCUCAGUCGCCAAUUUCUUUUCCGCGACUGGAACAUUGGUCAGGCUAAAUCCAUGGUGGCAGCAUCAGCCGCUGCAGCAAUAAAUCCUCGACUCAAUGUUGAGGCGCUGCAAAACCGAGUCGGCUACGAGACUGAGAAUGUCUUCAACGAUACCUUCUGGGAGAAUCUAACUGUCGUGGUUAAUGCCUUGGAUAAUGUCAAUGCAAGGCUAUAUGUUGAUUCGAGGUGUUUGUAUUUCCAGAAGCCACUCCUUGAGUCCGGGACUCUGGGUGCAAAGUGCAACACACAGGUUGUCAUCCCCCACCUAACCGAAAACUACGGUGCUUCGAGAGACCCGCCAGAGAAACAGGCUCCAAUGUGUACGGUCCAUUCCUUUCCUCAUAACAUUGACCACUGCUUGACGUGGGCACGUUCUGAGUUUGAGGGUCUGCUCGAAAAGACUCCCGCUGAAGUUAACGCUUAUCUCUCAAACCCUGAGGAAUACACGAACUCGAUGAGGAGCGCUGGUGAUGCUCAGGCCAGGGACACUCUGGAGCGCAUCCUCGAGUGCCUUGAGAUGGACAAGUGCGAAACCUUCCAAGACUGCAUAGUCUGGGCUCGUCUCAGCUUUGAGGAUUACUUUGUAAACCGAGUCAAGCAAUUGCUUUACACGUUCCCGAAAGACGCGGCCACGAGUACUGGGGCUCCGUUCUGGUCCGCCCCUAAGAGAUUCCCACAACCUCUUCAGUUCUCCUCAUCUGACCCAAGCCAUCUUAACUUUGUCAUGGCGGCCGCAGUUUUACGCGCAGAGACAUAUGGGAUCCCGGUUCCUGACUGGGUCAAGCGCCCAAAGGAAUUAGCCGAAGCCGUCGACAAAGUGAUAGUCCCCGACUUCCAGCCGAAGAAAGAUGCAAAGAUUGUGACAGAUGAGAAGGCCACAACUCUGUCCACAGCUUCAGUGGACGAUGCUGCUGUCAUCGACGAAUUCAUCACGAAACUCGAGCAGUGCAGGCAGAGCUUGCCUCCGGACUUCAGGAUGAAACCCAUUCAGUUCGAAAAGGAUGACGAUACCAACUACCACAUGGAUAUGAUAGCGGGGUUGGCCAACAUGAGGGCGAGGAACUACAGCAUUCCGGAGGUCGACAAGCUGAAAGCCAAGUUUAUAGCCGGGAGAAUCAUACCGGCCAUAGCGACCUCGACGGCAAUGGCAACGGGCCUUGUCUGCCUCGAGCUUUACAAGGUAAUGGACGGGGAACACAAGGUGGAGGACUACAGGAACACUUUCGCCAACCUGGCGCUGCCGCUCUUUGCGAUGGCUGAGCCAGUGCCGCCGAAGGUGAUGAACCACCGGGAAAUGGCGUGGACUGUCUGGGACAGAUGGGUGAUGAAGGGGAACCCGACACUGAGGGAGGUGCUCGAGUGGUUGGAGGAGAAAGGCCUGAGUGCAUACAGCAUCUCGUGCGGAAGCUGCCUUCUGUUCAACAGCUUGUUCCCGAGGCAUAAGGAGAGAUUGGACAGGAAAGUUGUGGAUCUUGCACGUGAGGUUGCCAAGGUUGAAAUCCCGCCGUACCGCCGCCACGUGGACAUCGUAGUUGCCUGCGAUGAUGAGGACGGGAACGAUGUUGACAUUCCUCUCGUCUCUAUCUACUUCCGGUGAAAAUGUUUUUUUUUGGCUUUUCUGAUGGACUGAUUAUCCAAAAAUAACGUUGGCCCUAGUGUUGAUAAUAGUAAUAAUAACAAUAAUAACUAUCACGGUGUGUGUGUAGGUUUUAGGGGUAUUUUGGUCUUUUCUGUCGCUAUAAGAAUUCAGUGUUUGAAAC